AUGAUAAAAAAUAAACUUCAGUAUAUAGCUUGGCUGCCACAAUCUAGUUAUCCUUGUGGUAACUUUUCUGACACCUCAAGCUUAGAAUUCCUAAGGUCUAAUCUAUCGUUAGGCCGCGCUUUAACGAUUCGUAUUCGUACUGGAAAUCAUAAUCAAACGAGCUUUUAUCCUUCUAAUCCACAUGAUUUUUCUAUUCUCGUUGAGCUCAUCUUAGGACACCUGCGUUAUCUUUUAACAGAUGUGUCGCCCCAACUAAACUCCCCACUUGACAAUGUCUUCCCCCCGAAUCGGCCCGCGAAGCGAGUAGUGGGUGCAAAAAUAGGAGAUGACGAGGCAUUUGGCUACCUUAAGAGAGUCAUAGUUACUCCGGCUGUUUACCCCCGCAUAGUUGAAUUUCGUCACUUUGACAUUUAG